UGCGUCAUAAUAGGAAAACCUGGAAGAUGAUCACAGGCUGAGCAUCCUUUUAUACCCCCUACGUAUGGACCUUUUCUUCCUUCCCACUCUCGCCUCAGCUGAAACGCACUGCCAGUCCAACAGCUAUGGGCAGAAUAACAGACAUGCGGGAGGCUUCGAAAUAGAGUACUUCCUAGCAAUAUGUAUGGAAUGGCUCCUCCUUGUUACCUGUAAUUUUCCCCUUGCGCCUCCUUCACCCCACCUCAAUUUCCCGUGGUGUCCUGGCUAUUGAUGCCUAGCACAGUGAUGUGACAGAGGCAACAGUGGUGGAGGAGGAGAGAAGGAAACGAUCAGAUGGGAGGAUUAUAGCCCUGAACAGACUAAGAGCGAGUGAAAAACAACAGCUCUGGUGGUGGAGGAGGAGGAGGAGGAGAGAAGGAAACGAUCAAAUGGGAGGAUUAUAGCCCUGAACAGACUUAAGAGCGAGUGAAAAAAAACGAAGGUAGGAGGGGAUACUAACCAGCAGGCUGGCAGGCAGCGUGGAAAGGAGACAUUCAUUGCACAGGGUCUCGCUGGACGUUAAACUGUGGGAUUGUGCUGGAGGAAGGUGAUCUGUAAAACAAGCGAUUGCCCUCUGUGAACGCGAGCUGCAAGAGAAGCGAAUAGGCAUAGCACAGAUAGAGGAGAAGGAAAAGCUCCAUAAUCUGAUCGGGGAUCGGCUAGUCACACGUCUACAUUCGCAAACAGGUGCCAGAAAGCCCUUAGCUUAAUUGAUCACAGCCACUCACAUUAUCAGUCACUGGAGAGGACGCAUUGUAGGCACAUCCAGAACCGCUAAGAAAGAAAAGGCUAUCUCAUAUAUUUUUCUUCACACUGCCUAUGCAAUUAGGUCAAACAAGCAAUCUUCCAGGAACGAACAGAAGGGAGAAAUGAAGGACUAUCUGGCUGUGUUUGGCGUUUGCAAUUAAGAGAAGGAGCUGAACGUAUGGCAACACUGUUAUAGUCCUGGACAUUGUUUUUGAGGGAGGGGGCCGCGAAAGGAGACCCCAAGUAUCGAUUUGACCUGCUUCCUUUCCCUCUCCCUUGCAAUAUGGCUGGUGCAAGAAUUUGGGGUCUGAUAAAUCAGCGGCUUUCAGGGUGCCCUGUGUCUUUCUGUUAGCAAUGGCAACCUGGAACGCAUCUCAGAUCAUCUUAAAUAGUAUGAGCAACAUCAUUGAGAGCCCGCAAUCCAAAUCUCACCCCGUAAUGGCGUCCAAUGGGGCGUCCUUAUUUAUUCCAGUCACUAUGGAGGUGCCUUGUGAUCAGGGGACACGUAUGUGGUGGGCAUUCCUGGCCUCUUCUAUGGUGACGUUUUUCGGAGGUCUGUUCAUUAUCCUGGUGUGGAGGACAUUCAAAUACCUGUGGACUGUAUGUUGUCACUGUGGGGGCAAAAACAAGGAGGCACAGAAAGUUGUAAAUGUAGCAAGCAGCCAGGUCACUGAUGGGGACUACAAGCCAACUGAUGAUAAAGAAGAAGUAGGAGUGGCAGAAGUUGGCUGGAUGACAUCAGUUAAAGACUGGGCAGGCGUGAUGAUUUCUGCCCAGACCCUAACAGGUCGUGUGUUGGUUGUGACAGUCUUUGCUCUGAGCAUUGGAGCACUUAUGAUAUACUUUAUUGACUCAUCAAACCCUAUUGAAUCUUGUCAAAACUUUUACAAGGAUUUCACUCUUCAAAUAGACAUGGCCUUCAACAUCUUCUUUCUGCUAUAUUUUGGCUUGCGGUUCAUAGCUGCUAAUGACAAGCUUUGGUUCUGGCUGGAAGUGAAUUCAGUUGUGGAUUUCUUCACAGUACCUCCUGUGUUUGUGUCAGUGUAUCUAAACAGGAGUUGGCUUGGGCUGAGGUUCCUCCGUGCUUUGCGGCUAAUACAAUUUUCAGAAAUCCUGCAAUUUUUAAACAUUUUAAAAACAAGUAAUUCCAUUAAGCUGGUGAACCUAUGCUCCAUCUUUAUCAGUACGUGGCUGACUGCAGCUGGCUUCAUCCAUUUGGUGGAGAACUCAGGAGAUCCCUGGAGAAAUUUUGAAAACUCCCAGGACCUUUCUUACUGGGAAUGUGUGUACUUGCUCAUGGUGACUAUGUCCACAGUGGGCUAUGGAGAUGUUUAUGCAAAAACCACCCUUGGUCGUCUCUUCAUGGUCUUCUUCAUUCUCGGCGGUUUGGCCAUGUUUGCCAGCUACGUCCCCGAAAUCAUAGAGUUAAUAGGAAACCGAAAGAAAUAUGGUGGUUCAUAUAGUGCAGUUAGUGGACGGAAGCAUAUUGUGGUCUGUGGUCACAUCACAUUAGAAAGCGUGUCCAACUUCUUGAAAGACUUCCUGCACAAGGACCGAGAUGAUGUGAAUGUGGAGAUUGUAUUUUUGCACAACAUAUCCCCAAAUUUGGAGUUGGAAGCUUUAUUUAAGAGGCACUUUACUCAGGUAGAAUUUUACCAGGGAUCUGUUCUGAAUCCACACGACCUGGCAAGAGUUAAGAUUGAGUCUGCAGAUGCCUGUCUGAUCCUUGCUAACAAGUACUGUGCUGACCCUGAUGCUGAAGAUGCUUCUAACAUUAUGAGAGUCAUCUCCAUCAAAAAUUAUCAUCCCAAGAUAAGAAUCAUCACUCAGAUGUUGCAGUACCACAAUAAGGCUCACCUACUUAAUAUACCCAGCUGGAAUUGGAAAGAUGGAGAUGAUGCCAUCUGCCUUGCUGAGCUGAAACUUGGUUUUAUUGCUCAGAGUUGUUUGGCUCAAGGUCUAUCAACCAUGCUGGCUAAUCUUUUUUCCAUGCGUUCCUUUAUUAAGAUUGAGGAAGACACCUGGCAAAAGUAUUACCUGGAAGGAGUGGCCAAUGAAAUGUAUACAGAAUAUUUAUCCAGUGCUUUUGUGGGCCUUUCAUUCCCUGCAGUUUGCGAGUUGUGCUUUGUGAAGUUGAAACUGCUAAUGAUAGCUAUCGAGUACAAGUCAGAGAAAGGAGAGAGCAGGAUCUUAAUCAAUCCGGGUAACCAUAUGAAAAUAAAAGAAGGUACCCUGGGAUUUUUUAUUGCCAGUGAUGCCAAAGAAGUAAAACGGGCCUUUUUUUACUGUAAAGCAUGUCAUGAUGACAUCACAGACCCAAAGCGGAUAAAGAAAUGCGCCUGCAAGAGACCUGCAAAGGAAGAACAUAGAUUAAGUAUCCACAGGCUUUCCAUUCAUUCCCAGGCAGCCAAAGCUAGCUAUUCUGUGACCAGUUCCAAACUCUGCACAGAACAGCAGGAGCCUGUGCCUCUUGUUAAUAACCGUAAAGGAAGCCUGUUCUUGCCAUGUGAUUCAUCUCUCCUACACCUGCAGUUACUGAGUUCCUCUGGCACUGGACAUCAUACCAGUAUUAAAUUGCAGCGUGCACUGAGCUUGCCAGGCAAAUACCGCUACCACCCCAAUCAGCCAAUACUCAUCCAAAAGCAGUUUGAAGAUGAGCAGCCAUCAGCCUUGUCACCCAAAAAAAAGCAACGAAAUGGAGGAAUGAGGCACUCUCCAAACACUUCUCCUAACAUGAUGAGGCAUGAUCCCCUUCUCAUGACUGGGAAUGAUCAAAUUGAUAAUAUGGAUUCUAGCAGUGUUAAAAGAUAUGAUUCUACUGGUAUGUUCCACUGGUGUCCAGCCAAGGAAUUGGAUAAAGUGCUUCUGACACGGAGUGAAGCUGCCAUGACAGUCCUCAGUGGGCAUGUGGUUGUCUGCAUUUUUGGAGACAUGACGUCGGCACUGAUUGGAGUACGGAAUUUGGUGAUGCCACUGAGAGCCAGCAAUUUCCAUUACCAUGAGCUGAAACAUAUAGUCUUUGUUGGGUCCCUUGAUUACAUUAAAAGAGAAUGGGAAACACUACACAACUUCCCAAAGGUGUCAAUAUUGCCUGGGACACCGUUAAGUCGAGCAGAUCUAAGAGCUGUCAACAUUAACCUGUGUGACAUGUGCGUUAUCCUGUCAGCCAACCAGAAUAAUAUUGAUGAUACAUCACUGCAGGACAAAGAAUGCAUUUUAGCAUCUCUCAACAUCAAAUCUAUGCAGUUUGAUGACAGCAUAGGGCUCUUGCAAGCAAACUCUCAAGGGUUUACACCCCCAGGUAUGGAGAGGUCAUCACCUGAUAAUAGCCCACUGCAUGGUGUUGCAAGACAGGCAUCCAUAACUACAGGAGCCAACAUUCCCAUAAUUACAGAACUUGUGAACGACUCAAAUGUUCAGUUCUUGGACCAGGAUGAUGAUGAUGACCCAGAUACAGAGUUAUACUUGACUCAGCCCUUUGCCUGUGGGACAGCAUUUGCUGUCAGUGUGUUGGACUCCCUCAUGAGUGCAACAUACUUCAAUGAUAACAUCCUGACUCUGAUCAGAACUCUGGUGACUGGGGGAGCAACACCAGAGCUGGAAGCCCUCGUUGCAGAAGAGAAUGCUCUGCGUGGAGGUUAUAGCACCCCACAAACUCUAGCAAACAGAGACCGCUGUCGAGUAGCCCAAUUAGCCUUGUAUGAUGGACCAUUUGCAGAUUUGGGGGAUGGUGGAUGUUAUGGAGACCUUUACUGCAAAGCAUUAAAAACCUACAACAUGCUGUGCUUUGGUAUAUACCGACUCAGAGAUGCCCACAUCAGCACACCCAGCCAGUGUACCAAAAGGUAUGUUAUAACCAACCCUCCAUAUGAGUUUGAACUGGUUCCCACAGACCUCAUCUUUUGCCUGAUGCAGUUCGACCAUAAUGCCAGCCAAUCGCGAGCUAGCCUGUCUCACUCUUCACACUCCUCGCACUCGUCUAGCAAAAAAAGUUCGUCUGUUACCUCCAUACUACACACAGCCUCAGCCAACCGUCAGAACAGAGUCAAGGCUCGAGAUUCCCGUGACAAACAAAAACAAGUCAAAGACACCUUGCCAACAGCAUCAGACCACAACACUUCGCUGCACGGUUUGAAACCAGGGGACUGGAUCCUAGUAAAGAGCCUAAAAAAAGGAAGCACUGGAGACAUCCUCACUGGCUGGGACCCUUCUGGAUACUCCUCACGACUGAUACAGCAGUAAAAAUCGGAGAGAAAGCGACAUGGAUCCAUGGAAGCCACUGCAAAAGGAUGCCCAGCUACACCGGUAGCAGUACCCCUGAGCAGGAACCAGGGCAGGAAGCAACUUAAGAUGUGGAAUGAAAGAAUCCUUAACCAUGAUAAUGUAUUGCAUUAUGUUGUUUCAUUCAAUGUAUUCCAUCCUGUUUUGGCAUUGCAAAGAGACUAUUUGACUGUUGUCCGGUUGUGCAUCCACCUAGAACUAUCCAAAGGUCUUAUCCUUUAACUGUAACUCAGCCCUCUGAAACUUAUGAAUCUCUGCGGGGGACAUUAGAAAUAUAUGAUGAAUUGCCAUUUAGAAAUUGCUAAAAAUAUAUGAGCAUUGAUAUGCUCAAAGGGGGAAAAUGUAAAGGCAAUUUCUACAAUUUCUAAUUUCUUCUUGCCUUUUGCUUAAAGAAAGUUGUUAUGUUAGAUCUAAUACUGAUGACCUAUAGCUAACCUUUCUAACCCUCUCCCUGAACUUGUACAAUGCCCACAUGUCUACCACUUUCUAGACAGCAAUAAAACCACAUUACACAAAAUGAGCAGGAAAGGUAUGUUGGUGGAGAUAAGCUCAGAAUAGAAGAGGACCAACAAUAGUGGAAACUGCACAUCUUGCAAAGUUCCAUCGUAGGAGAAAGGGCACACCGGACAGACAGGGUAAAAAUAUGACCUUACAUGGUCAAGAUGUAUUGAUUAUUACUGAUGUUACGCUUGUGACGUGUUAAGCUUUUCCCUUCUGUUAAUGCCAUAAAAAGCUAAUGCUUGCCAAUGUUCUGGGCAGUUCUUCUUAAUUGAUGAACUGUCCACUAUAGUGAAAUAAACUUCUACUGAUUUUAA